AAGAAAUACACUUGUUCUUUUGAAAAAUCCCUUUUAAUGAGAAACUUUUUCUGUAGAAAAAGUAUUUUAUUUAGAGACACUUUUUGCACAUAAAUUGUCUAUUUACUGGAGAGAGUUUUUCUAUGGAAAAAAGAUCUUAAACAAAGACACUUCAGCAUUGGCCCGAUUUAAGUGAUAUAUUCAGUAUUAUUGUUCAUAUUUCAGGAUCUUAAAUGAACAUUUAAUUGACAGUUUAGUUUAAGAUAAAUAACGUAUUAUUAAAUUUCAGUUAAUUACAGAGUUAGACAUUUGUAUAUCAUUUUAAAAUCAGCAAAUAGUUUUUUUAAUUUCUUAUAUAUAGUUUUUUUAAUAUACAUAUAUACAUAUCGUAGUGCCCAGUUUCCAGCAGUAACUGUUUUUUACGUCAACCAUAAUGUCAGUUUAUAAAAUAUUUGAUAUUUUUACGGUCUUGUUCUUAAUACAGACCUGCUACACUAAACCUAUUGACGAGAAUAGAAGUUUAGCAUCUAAACGAAACCUGCGGGACUACACUAUUAAACACUUCUCAGGUUUAACUGUAAAAUGUAUGUAUGAAUAUGCUGACAUUACUCUAAAGCUGCUAGCUGAUAAAUCUUUAGAUUUGCAUGAUGAAUCAGAAAUUUUACAAUUUAAACAAAAUGCCACCAAAUUUAUAGAAGAGUUUAGUUUUACUAAUAUCGAUUAUUUGGAAGGUGUUGUAUAUUAUUUGGAACUUACUGAGGAACAAUUAACACCGGAAUCCAAAUUUAUAGUUGAACUUUUGGAAAAAUACAAAUAUCGAGAAUUAAGAGAGGAUUUAAUAAAGGAAACUCAAAAUCUUAUUGCUGAUUUCAAAACGAAAUUUGAAGAAGUUAAAAUACAUUUAGGUCCAGACGAUCCUUUGUUAGAGUGGUAUGGAGAAUUUUUAAGCUCAGAAGACCAACAAGUUAUGGCUAUCGAAAAAUUUUUACAGUUGACCGAAUAUUAGGAAUUUUUGAGAAUAUUUUUAAAAAAUAAUAAAAUUUAAAAUUCUUGGCAUGAAAGUG